GUAGGAGGUGCACUUUAAAUCAGGCUAGACAAGUGUUGGGGGAGUUGGGGGGGAGUGUGUGUGUGAUGCUACAACCUCCUUAUAAAGGGACUCUCUCUCACGUUGUGGCUUGGAAAUUAGAGCACAUUGCCUAAAAUUGAGGUCUCCACACUCUCACACACGCCGAGUCACCGAGAGCCGCUGCCAUGAACUGGAUGAACGCUGAGGAGACGCUCCGCAGGGCCGAGACGCCUCUCUUCUGGGUCGGCGCGUUCACUGUGGCCUCUCUGGCGCUGUGGCUGCUCUACAGGCUGCUCUCAGGCUUUAGGAUCUGGGUCUUGGGAAACGGGCAGCUGCUCUCUCCGAAGCUGGGCAAAUGGGCAGUUGUGACGGGAGCCACGGAUGGAAUCGGGAAAUCCUAUGCGGAGGAGCUGGCACGUCGAGGAUUUGCCAUGAUGUUGAUCAGUCGCUCCCAGGACAAGCUGGAUGACGUGGCAAAGUCACUUGAGGACCAAUUUAAAGUGGAGACCAGGACCAUUGCAGUUGACUUUGGCAAGACGGACAUCUACCAAAAGAUCGAGGCAGGGUUGACUGGUCUUGAGAUAGGUGUUCUUGUCAACAAUGUUGGCGUGUCCUACGCCUACCCUGAGUACUACCUUCAUAUUCCUGAUCUGGACAAUUUCAUCACAAACAUGAUCAACGUCAACAUGACCUCAGUGUGCCAGAUGACCCGCCUGGUGCUGCCUAGAAUGGUUAAGAGGUCCAAAGGUGUCAUCCUGAACAUCUCUUCUGCCAGUGGCAUGUACCCCCUCCCUCUGCUUACGGUCUAUUCUGCCUCAAAGGCCUUUGUGGAUUUCUUCUCUCGCGGCCUCCAGGAAGAAUACAGGCGUCAUGGCAUCAUCAUUCAGAGCGUGCUGCCCUUCUUUGUGGCCACUAAAAUGACUCGUAUCAGGAAGCCCACCCUGGACAAGCCCACCCCAGAGCGCUAUGUGGCAGCUGAGCUUGCCACUGUGGGUCUGCAGGGCCAGACCAAUGGCUAUUUCCCCCAUGCUGUCAUGGGUUGGCUGACCACCAAGCUUGUGCCUAUCAACCUUGUCAUCUUCUUUGGAGCCCAAAUGAACCGUCAGCAGCGUACCGGAUACCUGCAGAGAAGGAAGCUGCGGGAGCAGAGGAACGGACUACUUCAGAAGAAGGACUAGGAGACUAGCUAACCGAUCUGCGGGCGGCCACUGUGCCCUGAACCGGUGCAGCGUCUAAGGAAAGGAAAUAUUCUCUUUUGUGUCUCUAUGGUUUAUCGUCAAGGUUUGCCUGAUAUGUUACGUUUGCACCUUCAAUAAAUGUGCACAUGUGUAUGACUUUGUGUUUAAAACGAACUCUGAUCUGGUAUUUGUUUGGAAAGAAAUGGCCAAAGAAGGCAGGAGCUGAAGUGAUUAU